AUGGAGAAGCUGCAAAAUCUUGUUGCCAGUGCGACUGGGAGUGAGAAAGUCGGCUUCAUUGAUACAUCGGCGCAAUCGCUCUACGUUGCUGCAGCUGCCAUAGCUUUCAAUCCGAUUUUCUGGAACGUCGUGGCCCGACUUGAGUACAAUACCCAUUUCUUGACCAAGAUCUUCCGCUCGCCCUAUUACGGCUGUUAUGCACUGGCAGUGACCAUUUUCUCGCUCGGAAUCCUACGCGACUCUUUAUACAAAUCGGCGCUCGAUGAACAACCACUUUAUUCACCCCUGCAUCAGCCAGUGCUAGGUGCGGUCCUCUUUGCUAUUGGCAAUGUCCUGGUACUCUCGAGCAUGUGGGCCUUGGGAGUCACCGGCACGUACCUCGGCGACUACUUUGGCAUCUUGAUGGACCACAAGGUAGAAGGCUUUCCCUUCAACGUGACCGGGGCGCCAAUGUACUGGGGAAGCACCCUAUCAUUCUUGGGCACAGCCUUGUACACAGGUCGAGCCGCGGGUGUACUGCUCACCUUGGAAGUCUUUGUUAUGUACUGGAUCGCGCUGAAAUUCGAGGAUCCUUUCACUGCUCAGAUUUAUGCAAAGAAAGAAUCCAAGGAGCAGAAGAAGGCUUGA